AUGACAGACACAAUGUUUGGCAACAGUACUGAUCGGUGGAUGUGUCCAAAUGACAGGCCGAUGUCCCUCAGAGCCAAACUCCCUGCUGGAUGGUCGGUACGUGGAAACCAGCCGGAAAGGCAACGGAAAAAUGAAGAGCUGACAGAUGAAGAGAAGGAGAUCAUCAACCGAGUAAUAGCUCGAGCAGAGAAAAUGGAAGAAAUGGAGCAGGAGCGUAUUGGGCGUCUCAUGAACCGCUUGGAGGACAUGCGCAAGAAUGUGGCCGGCGAUGGGGUCAAUCGCUGCAUCCUGUGCGGAGAACAGCUGGGAUCAGCUUGUGUCGUGUGUGAGGACUGCAAAAAGAAUGUCUGCACAGAGUGUGGCGUCGAGGCAACCAACAGCCGCCCUCAUUCCAUCUGGUUGUGCAAGAUCUGCAGCGAGCAGAGAGAGGUGUGGAAGCGUUCGGGGGCGUGGUUCUUCAAGGGCUUGCCGAAGCAAGUGCUGCCUCAGCCAAUGCCCGUCAGCAAGACCAAGCCGCCGCAAGCCCCCAGCGAACCUGCCUCCUCGGAGCCACCUGCUCAGGACCCGAAACUUCACUCCCGCACGCUGAGCCGAGGUGGCCCUGAGGAGAAGAGGGGAGUGGGCAGGAAACCAGGCAGUGAACCAACGGCUGCUGCUUCUGGCCGGGGAAGCUACCCACCUCCUAGCCGCAAACCGUCUGAGGUCCGAAUGGCUCCAAGUGGCAGCGAGUUUGCUGGCAGGGUUGCUGAGAACUGGGAGUACGCAGCGGAAAGUGAAGUCAACAGGAGCCCUGGAAGUGUAAAACGUGCCAAUUCCGUUCAAGCUGCCAGGCCUCCUCCAGCGACUAGUCAGAGCUCUGCUGCCCAAGCUACUCAGCCAGCUCCUCCAGUGGGUGGCAGACAAGAGCCCGGGCCUGCUGGGAGAUAUCCAGAAAGACAAGUGAGCCAGUCGAUGGGCCCUCCCCAGACAGACCCGGCCUAUUCAGCAGCGGCACCCAGGGAUGAGAGAGGAGGUGGCGGUGGUUACUCGAUGCCUAUAGCCAGAGAGGAGAGGGCUCUGCGCCAGCCUGCCCCAUAUACGCAAGCUGCUGCCCUGCCUGCACCAUCUGCACCUGCACGUCAACUCCCGCCGCCUCAGGACGACGAAGAGGAUGAGGCCAACAGCUACGAUUCUGAUGAAGCAACCACGCUGGGGGCGCUGGAGUUCAGUCUGCUCUACGACCAGGAGAAGAGCUCUUUGCACUGCACUCUCAUCAAAGCCAAAGGCUUAAAACCAAUGGACUCCAAUGGUUUAGCUGAUCCUUAUGUAAAGUUGCACCUAUUGCCGGGAGCCAGUAAGUCAAACAAAUUGAGGACCAAGACUCUGCGCAACACUCGCAACCCCAUGUGGAAUGAGACCCUGGUGUAUCAUGGCAUUACGGACGAAGAUAUGCAAAGGAAAACACUCAGGAUCUCGGUGUGUGAUGAAGACAAAUUUGGCCACAAUGAAUUUAUUGGUGAAACUCGAGUUUCUUUGAAGAAACUCAAAUCCAACCAGAAAAAGAACUUCAACAUCUGCUUGGAGAGAGUAAUACCGAUGAAGCGGGCUGGAACAACCGGCUCCUCUCGUGGGAUGGCACUGUAUGAAGAGGAGCAAGUAGACCGUGGUGGUGAUGUGGAAGAACGAGGAAAGAUCCUCGUGUCCCUCAUGUACAGCACCCAGCAGGGAGGCCUGAUUGUUGGCAUUGUCCGUUGUGUCCAUUUAGCUGCCAUGGAUGCCAAUGGAUACUCGGAUCCUUUCGUUAAACUUUGGCUGAAACCUGACAUGGGGAAAAAGGCCAAGCAUAAGACGCAGAUUAAAAGGAAGACCUUGAAUCCCGAGUUUAAUGAGGAGUUUUUCUAUGACAUAAAACACAGCGAUCUGGCCAAGAAAUCACUGGACGUAUCGGUCUGGGAUUAUGAUAUUGGCAAAUCUAACGAUUAUAUCGGCGGAUGUCAGCUGGGCAUCACCGCCAAGGGGGAGCGUUUGAAACACUGGUACGAGUGUCUGAAGAAUAAGGAUAAGAAAAUUGAACGCUGGCACACUUUACAAAACGAGAACCACGUUGCAAGCGAUUAA